AUGAUGGGAUUGAUUACACAAAUUGUGGAAUUGAUUGGAAGUAAAAUUAAAAUAAAUUUUGAAUAUUUAUUUUUGUUUAGUCAACAUCGUUGGCAACUUUCUGAUUUUGAGAUUGGUCGGCCACUUGGAAAAGGAAAAUUUGGAAAUGUUUACUUGGCACGGGAUCGUUAUUAUCGAAUUCCUGUUGCACUUAAAAUUCUCUUCAAGUCACAACUUGUUAAAGGAAAUGUUGAGCAUCAACUUAUUCGAGAAAUUGAAAUUCAUGCACAUUUGAGAUGCAAAAGAUUUAGCGAAUCUCGAACUGCUCGGUACAUUUUCCAAGUAGCUGAUGCUCUCAAUUAUUGCCAUUCGAAGAAAAUCAUUCACAGAGAUAUCAAACCUGAAAAUAUUCUUCUCUGUGAUGAUGAGCAAAUCCGGAUUGCUGAUUUUGGCUGGGCCGUUCAUGCAAUGAAUAGACGAAAGACAAUGUGUGGCACUCUUGAUUAUUUGCCACCUGAAAUGAUUUUCAAGAUGCAUCACGAUGAAAAGGUUGAUUAUUGGUCUGUUGGUGUUCUUUGUUAUGAAUUUCUUACUGGAAAGCCACCUUUUGAAACAGAUGAUCAAAAGCACACUUACAAACGAAUAACUAACGUUGAAUAUGUUUUUCCGAGACAUGUUAGCAAAGGAGCGAUGGAUCUCAUCUCUCGGCUUCUUCGUAAAGAUCCAAAUCAACGAAUGACAUUUGAACAAUUACUUAAACAUCCUUGGAUUCUCGAAUAUUGUGGCCGUGCAAGCGAAGAUGUGCCUGAUAAUGAAUUGGCUCCAAUUUCAAUAUUUAAUGAUGAAUUACGGGAAACAAAAGUUGAAGAAAUUGAUUGA